AACCCACUCAGCCUCAAUAAUCAAUCCCACUCACCUCAAAGAUCAAGAUACACACACAUUAUAACAAAAUACGAAGAUGCCCUCAACAACAACCCCCCACCCCACGCAGCGAGAAAUCGAACCCCACCCAUCACCCCCACAAGACCCAAAAACCCACAAACCAAGCUACGCGCCGAACCCCUCAACCUCCGUCCCCUUAUCCCCAACCCGCCAAGCAAUCCAAACCCACAUCCUGAACCUCUACAGCGGCGCAGCCUCGGAGUCCGAUAUGGCCGUGUACGCGGAGCAAGCCGUGUACGACGACCCGCUCAGCUACUGCGACACGCGGUACAAGAUCGCGGGCCAGUGGUACGGGAUCCCGAACUUGUUCGCGCGGUCGGAGACGCUGGCGACGGAGGUGGUGGUCAACAGUGAGGAUGAGUUGGUUUGGAAGCAGAGGCAGCGGUAUACGCUUGCUGGGGUGCAUGUGUCGAAGACGGUGGAUAGUUUGGUGAGUCUGCGGUUGGAGCAUCAAAAUGCUGGGGAGAAGGUGGUUUAUCAUAAGGAUAUGUGGGAUGAGGAGGAUUAUGAUCAUGGUGGGUUUGGGGCUUGGAUUAAGAAGGUUAAUGGGGAUCUGUUGACGCAUAUUACGAAGCCGCCUGAGUCGAUUUAGUUGGAGUUGUGGUGUUGUGGUUGGAUGGGAAGGGGGAGCAGGAGCUUUCUGGGGUGGAUGUGGCAUUGGGUGGAGUACCUUGGGUCUUGUAUUUGCAGGAUAAACGGAUCAUGGCGUUGUUUCUCAAAGGAUCAUCAACACAUCUCGAAAUGGCAGUGGCCUCGAAGGAGCGGACAAAGUUUAGGGAAAAGCCAGCUGCUAAAAUUGAUGGUAACGCUGGGCCAUGAGGAGCCGUAAUCGGGUAAUAAUCCGAGGGGAGCCUUAGGGACAUUCCUGACUGUACAUGAACAAGAGGGAGAAAAUGUAAAGGGC